AUGUGUGGCCGCUAUGCCUUGGGCGUCCGCUUGGCGUACAUCCAGCGGCGCCUCCAGGACCACGGCAUGCAAGUGGAUGAGGCGCCCGACGACGACGAGGUCAGAGAGACAUACAACUUUGCUCCAGGAAGUUUUGGUGCUGUCUAUCGUGCCGACAUGCAUGAGCACGGACAUCAGCAAGCGGACAAGGAAAGCGAAGAGUCAACUGAGGCGCCAAACGAGGAUGCCCCCAAAGACACUAAGUACAAGCUCCAGAGUAUGAAAUGGGGUCUCAUCCCUUUCUGGACAAAGAAACAACCGGACUAUGGCUCUAUGAUGCGCACGAUCAACUGCCGCGAUGAUUCACUGAUCGAGGACCGUGGCAUGUGGACGACGAUGAAGCGGCGCAAAAGGUGCAUCGUGGUCUGUCAGGGAUUCUAUGAGUGGCUGAAGAAAGAUCCCGGAGGCAAGGUGAAGAUUCCACACUUCGUAAAACGCAAAGAUGGGGAUCUGAUGUGUUUCGCCGGUCUAUGGGAUUGUGUAUCAUAUGAAGGCUCCGAUGAGAAGCUUUACACUUACACAGUCAUCACGACCUCUUCAAACCCGUACCUGAAGUUUCUUCAUGAUCGCAUGCCCGUUAUUCUGGAUCCUGGCAGCGAUGCCAUGAAGACGUGGCUCGAUCCUGGCCGCACCACCUGGUCAAAGGAACUGCAGUCUAUCCUCAAGCCGUAUGAGGGUGAGCUAGAAUGCUACCCUGUCCCGAAUGAGGUUGGCAAGGUUGGAAAUAACUCGCCUGAUUUCAUUGUGCCUGUGAACAGCAAAGAGAACAAGAACAACAUCGCCAAUUUCUUUGCGAAUGCCAAGAAGAAGCAGGACUCAUCCCCUAAAAAGGAAUCUCCAGAGACGAAGAUUUUCAAGCCCGAGGAGUUCAGUGAUCCGGUGCCUGGCGUCAAGAGAGAACAUACACCAGAUACCCCGGUUGAACCCAAGAAACCCAAGAUCCAUGCAACUCCCGCAACGCCUUCACCACAGAAGACGACCAAGAAGAUGCGUAGUGCUACUCAUAAUUCUCCUAUGAAGAAACCCGGCGGGAAGAAACAAACGGAUGGGUCGCAGCAGAUUACCAAUUUUUUCAAGAAAUGA